AUGGCAACAAGUGCCGUCUCCGCAGGUACAAUUGUCGUCGAAGUCCUUAACAACCGUAACUACGUAGAUUGGAGUGAUUUGGUUAGAAAUUACUUGUUGGCUCAAGACCUUUGGGAUGUAGUGGAAGAAGAAGAAAAAGAAGAAGAAGUUGAUGACCAGUUCAAGGCUUGGAGGAAGAAGAACGCCAUGGCUUUACAUACAAUCCAAGUUUCGUGCGGGCCGGAAACUUUUGCGCUGAUUAGGGGUAUCAAAUCAGCCAAAAGUGCUUGGGAUAUUUUGGCAGAAAAGUUCAAAGCACAACCAUUACUUCCAAGUGAUUUGCUUGAAUCUGCAACCUCAUCAAACAACCCAGGAUAUGACGAGAUUGUAUGUGACUUCAAUCAGUAUCAGCCAUUCUUCGAUGCUGUCAGGAUUGGGGAUUGGAAUAAAGCAAAGGAGUUUCUUACUCUACAUCCCAACGCAGUAAGAGCAAGAAUUCCAUAUUCAAACCAGACAGCUCUUCACAUAGCAACAGAAUUUGAACGCGAGCAUAUUGUGGAAGAGUUGGUGCAAUUGAUGCCAAAGGAAGACUUGGAAAUACAGUCUUUUGGUUGGACAGCUCUUGCUAUUGCUGCAAAUAAAGGAAAUAUAAAAAUGGUUGAAUGCAUGGUUAGACAGAGCAAGAAAAUACUUAGUAUCGCCACUGAGAAGAACUCGACUCCAAUUCUCCUGGCUUGUGUCAAUGAACAUUGGGAUGUCCUUGAUUAUCUCUACUCUGUCACUCCAUUCGAAGAUCUAAAGCCAGAGAAAGGCCCCUACGGCGCUGGACUUCUUUGCCACUUUAUUGGUGCCAAAAAAUUUGAUAUUGCGCAGGAAUUAAUUCAGUUUUGCCCACAAUUGGUCCUUACUAAAGGGCCGUAUUGGCUGUCACCGAUUCAAACAUUGGCAUGUAUGUCUUCAGCAUUCCCAAGUGGAGCACACCUCAAAUUUUGGCAACAAUGGAUCUAUAAUUGUAUACACAUAGAACCUACUCGUGCCAUCCGUGAUAUUCGUGUAAGACUUCAAAAUGAAGGAAAUGAAGGCAGCAAUCCAACGCAUAUCACUUGGUCAGGUUUCUUGAAAGGUCUGAUCUCAAAUCUCCUUGAACUUUUGGGAAUCAACCGCAUACGUGAAAUGAAAUUGAUCCAUAUUCAAGCCCUUGAACUCCUAGAUCGCAUGUGUGAAGUGAUAAAAUGUUCAGAAGAGAACGAAAAGAGAGGUAUAGAUCAAGCAAUCUUCCAAGCUAUCGAGAGAGGGAUUUUUGAGUUUGUUGAUCGUCUAUUACAAACAAGUCCUGAUCUCAUUGGGAGUUUUAAUCAAAUGAAAAGGACCGUCUUUCAGUUUGCCAUUGAGUGUCGUCAAGAAAAGGUUUAUAGCCUUAUUUAUAGAUUCGAUGAAAAAAAAAGAACUGUGAUUGGAAAUGUUGCAGAUAGUUCUCGCAAUUCCACGCUACAUAUGGCAGGGAUGCUAUCCCCAUUAGCAAAGCUCAAUAAAAUCUCAGGUGCAGCUUUGCAAAUGCAGAGAGAAUUACAAUGGUUCAAGGAGGUGGAGACUAUUGUAUUUCCCCGAGUUCAAGAAAUUUUUAAUGAAGAGAAUAUGACACCGCAUGAUCUAUUUACCAAGAACCACGAGCAAUUGGUGAAGGAAGGAGAAAGAUGGAUGAAAGAAACUGCAACUUCGUGUACAGUUGUAGGCGCUCUCAUUAUUACCAUCAUGUUUGCUUCAGCAUUUACAGUCCCUGGUGGAAACAAUGGAGAAACAGGCAUUCCCAUAUUCUUGAAAACAAAGUUAUUUAUGGCUUUUAUAGUAUCAGAUGCUAUAUCGCUCUUUUCUUCCACAACUUCAGUGUUGAUGUUUUUGGGAAUCCUUACAUCUCGUUAUGCAGAAGAGGAUUUCCUCAAAUCGUUACCAACAAAGAUGAUAAUAGGCCUUUCCACCCUAUUUGUCUCUAUUGCCGCCAUGAUGGUUGCCUUCUCUUCUGGCCUUUUCAUUAUGAUCCAUGAGCAAUCAUGGAUUGUUAUUCCAAUGAUUUUCCUUGCUAGUGUUCCAAUCACCUUAUUUAUUUGGAUGCAAUUUCCUCUUCUUGUUGAGAUUUUCAUUUCGACUUAUGGAAGAGGAAUAUUUGAUAGGAAGCUGAAACCAUGGUCCACGGACAUAAUUCUUGAUGGUACGUGUACUUGA